UAAGUCACGCAGUGGUCUUCCAAUUUUUGAUGAAUAUUAUCAUUACAUAGCAAACAAAAUGAUGCCUAAAAUAUCAUCGAUGAUGGGAAGUAGCAAAAGAAUAUGUUCCCUCCACAAAUAUCACUAUAGAAAAGCUAUGCUAUUUCAAAACCGGGAAAGCAAGCGGCAAGUAAAUGCAUUAGGAAGAAAGAGUGUCACGUGACGCGCGUAUUGGUAAAUACAUUGGACCUAUGACAAACGACCGAGUCCGACACUAUAAGGGCACAUCGGUAAAUACAUCGAAGAGUAUCAUUUUAAUAUUGCCAUCUGCCUUGUGCCCUAAUCAAUUUGUUUGUUAGAGAGAGAUAUCUCUAGGGUUUGCUUGAAUCUCCGGCAACGAUGAAGACCGAGGAUGUGACGGCGAAACGAGAUUCAACGGAGGUGGAAUCUGACUCUUCUGUCCCUAAAAACCCGAAGAUCGAAGAUGAAGAUGAAGACGACACAAGCAUGGAAGAAGAAGAAGAAAGCGAUAACGAAGGCUUAUGGAGUACCGACGCAGAAGAAGACGUAGUAAGAUCUCCGACGAUUAACUAUUCAAACUAUCGAGAUCCGGAUCCGGAGUGGGAUGUGGACAGUUACGACGACCACGAAUUGGUAUUCGACCCCGACGGCCGUGAAGGUUUCUCCAGCGACAAGGCGUAUGAAGAGUUCCGCGAGUAUAAAACCAUGUGCUUUAAGAAUAGGGGGUUUUUAGAUGAUCCAUUCAGAUCCAUCUACCCCAUGAGAAAUCUGGACGAUCUCUGGACAACCGUGACUAAGAGGCAAUAUUUGAGUGAUAUUGCUUCGCUGUGUGUUAAGAAACUCAACGAGGAGAAGCGUUUGUCUGUGGAAGUUGUGAGCAUUGUGAGAGGCAAUCUAAAACCAGGAGAUGGGUGGAAGCUGUACAUCACCUUUAUGGCUCGUGAGUCUCCGGAUGGUCCUCUCAUCGAGUAUCAAGCCAAGGCCUUGGAUUUUGGAGGAAAACCUCCCUUACCCAUUCUCUGCCGGCGUGCCUCUAGCAUGAUUUGUGUUGUCAAUUAUUGUGGGAAAGUGAAGUAAACAUAGGGUUCUUUGCUUAUAAGAAUAUUCCUAAUCCUUCAACAAUUCAACCUUACCAUUGCAGAUUGGGUAUGAUGCUCUUCUCUUCUUGGGGAAGAUGAAGAUCAAAAUAUGGCUUUCCAGUUAUAAGUAGCAUGCGUCCAUGUGGAUUUUAGUUUUUCUUUCAAUUUUAUUUUGGCCUUCAAACUUAUGGCCCUACCUUUUAAC